CAGUUUGCUCAAGCUAUGCUUUUUGCCAUUGAAGAAAUUAAUAAUAGUACAGACCUACUUCCAGGGAUUUCUCUUGGAUACAAAAUCUAUGACACUUGUGGCUCAGUUUCUAGAAGCAUAAAAGUUGCUCUUGCAUUAAACAAUGGCAAUGAAAAUAUGUCUUUUACCUCUGAGGGGGAAUGUCCCAGGCCGGUACAAGUGCAGGCUAUAAUGGGAGAAACCUCCUCUUCCCCUAGUACUGCAGUAGCUACUGUCUUUGGAGCAUUUCAUAUACCAAUGAUCAGCCACUUUGCCACAUGUGCUUGUCUCAGUGAUAAAACCAAAUACCCAUCGUUUCUUCGAACUGUACCCAGUGACUAUUAUCAGAGCAGAGCUCUGGCUCAUUUGGUCAAGCAUUUUGGUUGGACUUGGGUCGGAGCUGUCAGAACCAAUGAUGAUUAUGGCAACAAUGGCAUGGCAACAUUCACUGAAAUUGCUGAGCAGCUGGGCAUUUGUCUGGAAUAUUCUAUAUCUUUCUUUAGAACAGAUCCUACAGAAAAAAUAAAAAAGAUAACAAAAACAAUCAAGGACUCAACUGCAAAAGUAGUUGUUGCUUUCCUCUCCCACCGAGACAUGGAAGUACUCAUACAUGAGCUGUCCAACCAAAACCUGACAGGGUAUCAGUGGGUCGGCAGUGAGUCUUGGAUCUUUGAUUCACAAAUUGCAGCAAUGGAUAAAACUCACAUAUUAGAUGGAGCGAUUGGCCUUUCCAUCCCCAAAGCACAUGUCAGUGGUCUCAGAGAGUUCAUGCUUGAUGUAAAACCGCUAAUUUUAUCAAAUAAUAAGUUGUUUAGGGAGUUCUGGGAGACAUUGUUUCGCUGCAAGUUCAAGCAGGCCAAAGCAUCUGAAACACUGAAAAAAUGUACAGGAUAUGAGGAUCUAAGAGGAGUGGAAAACAGCUUCACUGACAUGUCUCUGAUGCCCAUCUUUAACAAUGUCUAUAAAGGAGUGUAUGCAGUGGCCCAUGCUUUGCAUAAUAUUUUUGGCUGCAGUAAAACGUGUAAUAAUAGCGCGCAGCUAGAUCCAUAUAUGAUUUUAAAACACAUCCAAAAAAUUAACUUUAAAACAAAAGAAGGGGAUGAAGUUUACUUUAAUGAGGAUGGGGAUCCACCUGCAAAGUAUGAAAUUAUAAACUGGCAGCCAAAAGAAAAUGGCAUGGUGGAUUUUGUCACAGUUGGUCUUUAUGAUGCAUCAUUUCCUGCAGCCAAACAACUAAACCUUCAAAAUAAAUCCAUAAUUUGGACCCACCGCUCAACAGAGGUGCCAGUGUCAGUUUGCAGUGUAAAAUGUCCCCCAGGAACACGUAAAGUUCUGCAGAAAGGAAAACCUGUAUGCUGCUAUGACUGCAUACGUUGUGCCAAAGGAGAAAUGAGCAACAUCACAGAUGCUGUAUCUUGUGUGAAGUGCCCCCCUGAAACUUGGUCAAAUGCGAGAGGAGAUGCAUGCGUACAGAAGGAGGCUGAGUUCCUUUCAUUUGAAGAAAUAAUGGGAAUAUUGCUUACUUCUGCAGCUUUAUUGGGAACAUGCCUAACUGCUGCUGUUGCAUUAAUAUUCUUUAGACACAGAAAAACUCCUCUCGUAAGGGCAAACAACUCUGAGCUGAGCUUUCUCCUCCUUUUCUCCUUGACCCUGUGUUUCCUCUGCUCCCUGACCUUUAUUGGACAACCCUCUGAAUGGUCCUGUAUGCUUCGUCACACGGCAUUUGGCAUCACCUUUGUUCUUUGCAUUUCCUGUGUCUUAGGAAAAACUAUGGUGGUUUUGAUGGCAUUUAAAGCUACACUUCCUGGCAAGAAUAUCAUGAAAUGGUUUGGACCAACACAGCAGAGACUUAGCGUUCUGGGUUUUACUCUUGUUCAAGUGAUCAUUUGUAUCCUCUGGUUAACUAUAUCUCCUCCGUUUCCAACCAAGAACUUCAAAGAAUUUAAAGACAAAAUCAUUUUGGAAUGUUCUCUUGGGUCAGCUGUGGGCUUCUGGUCUGUGCUUGGAUAUAUUGGACUUCUUGCCUUGUUGUGUUUUAUGCUUGCUUUUUUGGCUCGUAAGUUGCCGGAUAACUUUAAUGAAGCCAAAUUUAUAACAUUUAGUAUGUUGAUAUUCUGCGCGGUGUGGAUUGCCUUUAUCCCAGCAUAUGUCAGCUCUCCUGGAAAAUUUAGUGUUGCAGUAGAAAUCUUUGCCAUUCUUGCGUCCAGUUUCGGAAUGCUUUUUUGUAUCUUCAUUCCAAAAUGCUAUAUCAUGCUAAUAAAACCAGAAAAAAAUACAAAAAGAAAUAUGAUGGGAAAGAGCUUUAUAAAUGCUAAAAUGAUGAUGGAAGAGAACACAAUGAAGAGGUAG